AUGCAGUCUCAAAAUACUAUUGAGCUCAGUAGCACUUUUCCACAAGGUUGUAAAGUAUUUGACAUAAUCAAGACCGAGGGGAGAGAUUCCGUCUAUCCUGAUGGCCCGGGCUCCUGGCCUGACUUGCGCCCCUCGCAUCGAAGCGCAACAUGUGGUAAACCGUGGGAAGAAUUACUCGGGUCGAUUACCACCGAGAAACGUAGCGCGUUGAGGAAACAGGAAGUGUCACGUGCCGAUGAUCGAUGGACUGUCACUCGUAGUCAGACGCACCGAUACGUUACUCCGUCCCUCGCCGAAUUGGGAGACUUGCCAUACAAGCACAAGCACAUUCUCAUGUUGACACGCAUACCCGGUGCGGGUGGAGAGUUGAUGGUGCUGAUCCUGCAGCGAUUACAAGGAUACAAUACUUUCAAACAUAUACGUCUGCCACCGGGCGACAACGGGCUCUUGUCGAGUUCACAGCAGGAGUUGUUGAUAGAAGAGAUUACGAGUAUCAUCAGACAAGAAGCUAUUCCCUUAACUUUCGAUGGGGAUGUAAGGUUCCUAAAUUUCUCGGAAUUUGGACGGCAGGGACCUACCUUUAUAUCUUUAGUGAGAGAUCCCUUGGAUCUACGAAUUUGGCAAAAGUAUAAAAAAGGAGAGAAAGGGAUGCAUUAUUAUGGAAUUAUACCUUAUUUUUGUGGACAGGAUCCGCGUUGUAUGGAACAAAAUAAAACGUGGGCAAUGGAGCGUGCUAAAGCAAAUGUUAUUCGAUGGUAUCCUGUCGUUGGUAUAUUAGAUUACAUGGAGGAGUCACUAAACGCGUUUGCAGGUGAAUUUCCCUAUUUUUUUAAGGGUGCUAUCCGUGUCUAUGAUCAUUUCCGUAAGUACUCGUAUAAAUAUUUAUCGAUCCAUAUAUCUAUAUAUUUUAAUCUUAUCGAUUGAGCGUUUCGUCAUUCUUUAUACCCGUGUCUUACAUGUUUCUGUUUAUAUACAGGAGAAAAGCAUCCGGCCAUUUCUUCGGCAAAUUCAAGGCUACGAAUCAAAGACGCAGCCUUGAGAAAAGUGCUUGCACAAGAGGUAGAAUUUUAUCAAUGGCUGAAAUCUCGACUUCUCAAUAAAACAUUCAACAAUGGAUGAAAAUAGUAUCCGAUGAAGAUAGAUAAAUUACCUGCAAUUAAAUAAAUCUUGAAUAACAAUCGUGAUAAAUUUUCCGCGUUAAAAGGAAACUAAAAUGGAAAAAAAUUAAAAAAGUCUCUUAUGAAUUAUUAUACCAAAGAAACAAAUGUGAACUUUUCGUGCCAUCUAGAGGUUGAUUCUGUAACCACAUAAACCAUCCUACGUAGAGGAUAAAAUCGUUGGCGACUAAGUUUUACGUAUGCGAUUUUUAUCGAUUGUAGCGCAUCUUGUCAGAAUAAUUAAUUAUUAAUAUUACUAUAUAUAUAACUAGCAAUAGAGCGUAUUCGCAAAUGACGAAGCCGCUACAAUCCUUUCACGUCAAUGUAGUUUAAUAUUUGUAGAAUAAAUACAGAAAAAAGUACAAAGAAAUGCUUUACGUACACGUCGACCCUUUUCUUUUCAUUCUCUUUUCCUUUCUC